CACGAGCACCAGCUGGCAGCUGAUCAGCCAUCAAGAAGGAGCAAAGGGCUAGCCUUGGGACCGUAAACACUAAACACAAUGGUGUCCGUGAUGUCUUCUCGCAUGGUGAUCCCUUCCGAACCCACACCCACCGGAAUAUUUCCGCUCUCCGAUUUUGACCAGUCCAAGCCCUCCAUCCACAUCCCUCUCCUUUUUGUUUACAGGCCCCUUGUCAACGAUCAACCCUUCCUCCCGUUUUCCAUUCACAUUCUCACCAAAUCUUUAAGCCAAUCCCUGGUUCACUUCUAUCCCCUCGCCGGUCACUUACGUGAAAAUCUAGGCGGUCGCUUUCAACUCCACUGCAGUGGCAGGGGUGCUCAGCUUUUAGAAGCCGUUUCGCUGGCCAAGUUGGAUGAGUUCGGUGACUUCAAGCCCAGCCAAGAUGUUGAACAGCUCGUGCCCGAGAUUGAUUAUAAUCUUCCUGUGGAGGAGAUUCCUCUCUUGGCGGUUCAGCUCACCAAAUUCCGAUGUGGUGGUCUUAGUCUUGGGGUCUCCUUGUCGCGUGCUGUGGUUGAUGGGGCAUGUAUCGUACAUUUUGUGAACUCGUGGGCUAGGAUAACUAGAGGAGAGGGUUUAGAUUUAAGCUCGACUGAAAUGCUACAUCGUGAUUCAAGUAUUUUAGAUUCGCGAGUAGAGUCAUGUGCGGCGCCGCGUUUUGAUCAUCCCGAGUUUUCUCCACCACCACUUUGGCUAGGUAGCUUGGUAGAUGCAGAGGAUGAAGCUGCUGCUGCUAUUCUGAAGCUCACAAAAAAUCAAGUUCAACAACUGAAAGAAAAGGCCAGUAAUUUUGAUGCUCCCAGGCGGCCUUAUACGAGUUUUGAGGUAAUCUCUGGGGUGUUGUGGAGAUGUGCCUGCAAGGCGCGGUACGGGGGAAAUGGCGACCAACCAACGAGGUUGUCCGCUAGGGUUAACUGUCGAAAUCGGUUAAGGCCACCUCUUCAUAAUUCUUACUUUGGAAACGCAGCGAUACCCACUGUGACUAAAACGAGCACGUUUGAUGAUGUCAUCAGCAAGCCUGUGAGUUAUGCCGUUGGGGAAAUAAGACGAGCAUUAGAGAAGGUGACAGAUGAUUACGCAAGAUCAGCUCUUGAUUAUAUAGCAGGUCAGAAGGAUGCGAGGCUGCUGAGGAACACCUGUCCUGGAAAAUCCAAGGGAAACCCAAAUCUAGAUAUUGUUAGUUGGAUGAAUUUUCCAUUUCAAGAUGCUGAUUUUGGGUGGGGAAAGCCAGUCUAUAUGGGACCAGGAAAUAUUCAUAGGGAGGGGAAAGCUUUCUUGAUGAGUAAUGGGGAUGGCGAUGGCUUCAUGGUAGCCUUAUGUUUGCAAGUGUCACAUAUGGUAGCUUUCAAGAAGUUGUUCUACGAGGAAACAGGGGACAUGUUUCGUACUACUUCCAAAUUGUGAUGGCUGUGAGCCAAAUUAAAAUGUACAAAGCUCCAUCAGUCGCAACUGCGGCUCAUAGCCCCUCUCAAAAUGGCGACAGUCCUGCUUUGAUUAGAUGUGAUGAGAGUACUGUUGGUGUUGAAAGUUGUAGGCUUGACACAAUAAGCUUCAGAUCAUUAUCGUUAUAUUUCCUAUUUCUAGCAAAUUUGACUUUUGGCGUCUUGUUAAUUAAUUAUUAGUCAUCAUGUUCCAUUGAACUCAACCUAGUAUGCAUUUCGAGAAUCCAUUUCGAUUUUUUGAACCCAGGACGAAAUAAAUUAGGGA